UUAACUAUUAAACCUCUUGACAAAAAAGCAGAAGUCUUCAAGUUCUUUUCUUCUCAACUCAAAGUGAACAAAUUGAUUUUUCAGUUGUGCAUUGGAAACCAUGACCUCUUCAUGAGGAGAAGAAAAGUGGACUCAAUAGAGAUCCAGCAAAUGAAAGCACAAGCCAGGGAAGAAAAGGCUAGAAAAAAGAUGGAGAAUCAGAGGCUGGCCAGGGAGAAGCAGCUUCGAGAAGAAGCUGAGAGAGCCAAAGAGGAGCUGGAAAGGCGUCUUUUCCAGCUGGAAGAUGAAGCCAGACAGGCCAACGAGGCCCUGCUCCGAUCCCAGGAAGCAGCAGAGUUGUUGGCUGAGAAAGCUCAGAUUGCAGAAGAAGAGGCAAAAUUGCUGGCCCAGAAUGCUGCAGAAGCUGAGCAAGAGAGACAGAGGCUGGAGAUCACAGCUCUGAAAACCAAGGAGGAGAAACGCCUGAUGGAGCAAAAGAUGCAUGAGGCAGAGCUGAUAGCAGUGAAGCUGGUGAAGGAGUCUGACCGGAGAGCCAAGGAAGCAGAGCAUCUGAAACAAGACCUGCAUGAAGCCAGAGAGGCUGAACGAAAAGCAAAGCAGAAACUCUUAGACAUAACCAGGCUUAAUUAUCCUCACAUAGUCAAGUACCCCCAAUACUCACCAACUGACACCAGAGAUGCCAACUUCGACAAAGGAUCCAUAAAGCUGGAUUUGAAGGACAUUGACCUGAAGAGGCUAUCAUUUGAGAUAGAGAGAGAGAGGCUUGACUACUUAGAAAAGAGCAGAAAAUUCGAAGAUCGACUGAAAGAACUGAAAUCUGAAAUUCAUGCUUUGAAACUAGAAGAAAAACAGUCUGGGCUUUACUCCCGUUGGAAUGAAGUACUGGGAUCCUUGGAUCGCUCCUUAGGAAAUGCUCCAUCAUGGAUGAAAACCUUUGAAGCUGGAGAUUCAUUGGAUAUAAAUCUUCAAAGACCUUUCCCUGCUUACUUGUUAAACACUGCAAGCAGCUGGCCUUGUGCCAACAAAGCUCAGCACGUGGUGCCAGUGGAAAAGUCAUCAUCUCAAGCAAAUUCAUUGGUUGCCAACAGUGUGGGCACAGGAACCAGAAAACAGAUUAUAAAGGUCCAGCAGCAUGACUCGGAUGUGAUCUACAUUUGA